AUGGCCGUCGAACCAUUCGACGUCGCCGCGAUCAGGGCACAAUUCCCAGCCCUUGCCCAAAAGCAGGUCUUCAUGGACAAUGCUGGAGGCGCACAGGUUCUGAAGUCGGUCAUUGCCUCCAUAUCCAACUAUCUGGCGAGCAACAAUGUUCAACUGGGCGCCUCCUAUCCAAUCUCUCAGACGUCGACGAACAAGUUCAAUCAAGGCCAUGCCGCGGGCGCAAAGUACAUCAAUGCUUCACCAGACGAAGUGGUCUUUGGCCCCUCGACCACACAACUUUUCCGCAAUCUUUCGAUAGCCUUGAAGAUCGAACCCGGCUCCGAAAUCAUUCUCUCCAAUCUCGACCAUGAGGCCAACCUUGCGCCAUGGGUUCAGCUGGCACAGUGGAAGGGAUUGACCAUCAAAUGGUGGAUCCCCACCCAGAACACUGACUCCAACCCGAGACUAGAGCCUGAAGACUUGAAGGCUUUGUUGUCGCCCAAGACACGCCUGGUGUGUUGUACACAUACCUCCAACAUUCUCGGCACCAUCACAGAUGUAGCGGCCUUGUCCAAAGUCAUCCGCGACACCAACCCCGACACCCUUUUCUGCGUCGAUGCUGUGGCUUACGCUCCUCAUGCGCCUAUCGACGUUAAGGCGUUCGGGGUGGAUUUCUACUCUUUCUCAUGGUACAAAGUGUACGGUCCACACGUUUCCAUGUUAUACGCCAGCAAGAAGGCGCAAGAACAACUUCAGACUCUCGGCCAUUUCUUCAAAUCCCGGAACACUUUGGAGGAGAUGAUGGGCCUGGCUGCUGGCAGUUAUGAAUGCGUUCAAUCCAUCCCAGAGGUGGUCGCAUACAUCGACAAAGUGGGCUGGCACGCAAUGGAGAGCCAGGAAGAGAAGCUUCAGGAAGUCUUACUGUCUUACCUGCGAUCAAAACCGGAUCAGAUCAAGAUUUAUGGCGAGCCCACCUCGGAUAAGCAUCUGCGCCAUCCUGUCAUCAGUUUCAGAGUCAAGGGCCAGAGUUCUCUUGGAAUCAUCGAUGCCAUAGAAGCCCGUUCCGAUUAUGGUUGCCGAAACGGCCAUUUUUACAGCAAGCGUCUCCUUGAGAAUGUUCUGAAGAUUCCAGAUGCCGAUGAUGGAGUGGUGAGAGUCUCUUUACUGCACUAUAACACAGUGGAGGAAGUUGAAGGCCUUUUCAAGGUGCUAGAUGAGGUUAUCAAGGAAGGGGCGGGCAAGGAUGUGCAAGAUGUCGAGAGAAAAGACAUCGCUAACUGGUAG